CUAGACAAUAAGCGAUUUGGCGGCAUUGCGAGGCUCUUCUAGUUCUCGAAAAAGACUGAAGACGAAAGUUUGCACUGCACGACAAGGUUCAAGUCCAGAAAAAAUGUCUCGUCUCAUCGACCAGCUGCCAUCACCGGCCUUUGUGAGGGAGAAGAAGGUGAUCGUAACAAGCCGUAGCAGAUCAGGCACCUUUUCCCUCUACCAGGCCCUCCAGAUGCUGGGUUAUCGACCAUACCACAUGUACGAGGUCCUUCAAUCGGCCACACACAUGGGAAUAUUCGAAGAGGCACUGAAUGCAAAAUACUUUGGUGUUGGCAAGCCCUACGGCAAGGCCGAGUUUGACAAAUGGUUUGCCAAUUUUGACGCACUGGUGGAGAUCCCAGCUUUCUUUGUCGAGGAUAUCAUUGCAGCGUAUCCCGACGCGACCUACAUUCACGUCGACCGCGAUGUGGAAAAAUGGGAACUGUCAAUGUCCAACGUUCUGAGAACGGUGGAACCGCUUCUCGACGCAUCAUACAUGAAGGCCAUGGCCACCUAUGACAUCUUCAUUCGAAGAUACAUCUCCUUGCACGUCAUGAUGCUUCGCGUCUUAUUACACGAGCGGAAAAGCAAUGAUCCCGUGGGCCUAAAGCUCUUGAAGGAUGAUUAUUUGGAACUGACGCAGCAAGUAAAGAAGCUGGUUCCAAAGGAGCAACUAGGAUAUUUCACACUGGAAGAUGGAUUCGGGUGGGAACAGAUCUGCCCACACCUCGGAAAGCCAAUCCCAGAACAACGCUACCCUCGUGGCAAUGCGCCGAAGGAAUUCGAAUCCCUUACGAUGAAGAUACUGGGUCCAUCUUUCAAGAAAGCAGCAGUGAUCUUGGUAUCGAUUGUAUUGGUACCAGUUAUUGGAAUCGGUGCUUGGGUCUAUGGUUCGUGGCAUGAGUGA